CACUUGACAGCGCGGGUACCCACUGCAUUGCUUGUGUUGUGAGCAAUGCGUGUGGGAUACCUCACUCAUUGUAAAUUCUUUAUGACAUGUGAGACAGUGGUCACCGCUCUUUGCAAAUUCCAGAAUUACAAUACGUUUAAACACAGCAAGACCCACAGUACUGCUGUUAUUCAUUAUUUUGCAUAUUAUUGUGAAGGUUCUUCUUACCCCCCUGCCGAAUAUAUGACAAAACAUUGGCGUAUUUAUUCCGGUCACGGUUCCCGCGGACAGGAGCCUGUCCUGAAAAUCACUGUAGUGAAUCGGGUAGCGGAGAAUCAGCAAGCGGACACCUGCAGUAGAAUGUAGCGGGAAUUCCCUGUUAUUGUCGAGAGGAGAAAUCUGUCAUCUUCAUUUUCCUGUCUCAUUGCCGCGGCCUGGGAGAAGAAGAGGGAGUGGCCUUUUGGGCGGGGCAUGGGGUGGCGUGGCUGUAGGCCUUGCUAUGUGUGAGGAGGCUCAGGUAAGGCCAUGGAGACCGAAGGCUACAGCCACCUCCUGGAAACAAGCGAUGGCAUGGGGGGUGGAGAGGGCCUGGAAGGCCCGGGCGGGGCCGGUUCGGACACCGGGUGGUACCUGCCCUACCCCGUCAGCUUCCAGGUGUCCCUGACCAGCUUCCUCAUGCUGGAGCUGGUGCUGGGCUUCAGCAGCAACCUGACCGUGCUGGUGCUGUACUGCGCCCAGUCCAACCUGGUCGACUCGGUCAGCAACAUGGUGACGGUCAACCUGCACGUGCUGGACAUCAUCGUGUGUGUGCUGUGCCUGCCGCUGACCGUGGUGGUCAUCCUGCUGCCGCUGGACGGCAACCUGGCGCUGCUGUGCUGCUUCCACGAGGCCUGCGUCACCUUCACCAGCAUCGCCACCGCCGUCAACGUGCUGGUGAUCAGCGUGGACCGCUACGACAUCUCGGUGCGCCCGGCCAACCGGCUGCUGACCCCGCGGCGCGCGGCUCUGCUGCUGGCUGCCGUGUGGGCCGUGUCGCUGGCCGUCUUCUUCAUCCCCUUCCUGGAGAUGGAGUUCUUCACCGGGGCGGACGACGAGGUGGACGACCCCAACCUGGCACCCCUGUGGCAGAACAGGACGCUGCUGUGCGUGGGGGGGCAGGGGUACCACACGGAGCUCACCAUGUACUACCACCUGCUCCUGCAGGUGCCCAUCUUCUUCACCGCUGUGGUGGUCAUGCUGUUCACCUACACCAAGAUCCUGCAGGCCCUCAACAUCCGCAUUGGCUCCCAUUUUAGGAGGAGUCAGCGGCUGAAGGGCUCAUCCUGCAAGGGACGCCGCAAAAGGCGCAAGAGAAAGGGGUUAGUGGGGGGAGGAGGGGGCUCGUCCACACAGACCAGACACCUUUCCCAGCCCCCUCUCAUCCCCUCUCCCACUCCAACCCCUACCUCACCACCUCCGCUCUCCUCAAUUCCCCAGAUCGCCUCUGAUAGUGGAGCCACUCCUAUCAUCUCCCCUAGUGCCGCCCCUACUCCUGCACCCACUCCCUCUCCUGCUCCCGCCCCCGCCCCUGCCCACGCAUCCAUGGGCGUUCACGCCUCGGUGUCGGCCAUCAUCGCGCUGCGGCGGGCCGUGCGGCGGCACCGCGACCGGAGGGAGCGCCAGCGGCGCGUCUUCAAGAUGUCGCUCAUCAUCAUCUCCACCUUCCUGGGCUGCUGGGCGCCCAUCUCCGUGGUGAACAUCAUGAUCCUCAGCCUGGGCCCCAGCGACUGGCUGGUGAGGCUGCGGCUCUGCUUCCUGGCCCUGGCGUACGGCACCACUAUCUUCCACCCGCUGCUCUACGCCUUCACGCGGCAGAAGCUGCGCCGUGCGCUCCGGAGCAAGGUGAAGAAGCGGGUGGUGUCGCUGCUGCAGGUGGACCCGGUGCCCAGCGGCACCGUCAUACACAACUCCUGGGUGGAGCCGCGGAAGGGCCGCCGCAUGCGGCUGGAGGGCAGCGAUGCCACUGACCGCUGCCUCACAGAAGCUGUGCGCGAGUGAGAGACCGAAGAGAGAGAGAGACUGAGGGGGCAGAGAGAGUGGAACAGAGGGAGAGAAAGAAAGAGAGUUAAGGGGGGAAUAGUGUUUAUGUUUGCGUGUGUGCUUUUAUGUGUGUGUGUGUGUGUGUGUCUGUGUGUAAUUUAAAUCUUGGUGGUUUUAAGGAAAUAUAAUCCUUCUGGCAUUUGUGUAGACAAAUGUAUGAAACCAGGUAUGUACAGGUGUUCUAAUUAAGCCCUGCUCUCAUAAAAGCUCUCCUUGUUUGUCACGAUGAUUAUCACAUCAUAGCCACCUCUGUCCCAUGGCCCUUAUUUCAUCAUGAUAACCAUUUAACACACUAUCAUA